GUGGCAUGUAUUACUUCAUCAAAUCUGCUAAAACUAAUCACAGCACGCCUCCCGAACCCUAGCCCAAAUUUCGGGAACCGCGACUGGAGCUCGCCGGAGAAGCAUUCGAACGGGACCUGCGGAGGAGUUUGUGAGUCGCGUGAUUUAAGUUAAAUCUUUCGAAUCCCUUUUUUAAGGUUUCUGGAAGUUUUUUUUCUCCCGCAGCUUAUUUGUCAAGGAAACAUGCAGGCCAGUGAUCGGUUUAACAUUAACUCCCAGCUUGAGCAUCUUCAAGCUAAAUAUGUUGGAACAGGGCAUUCUGAUAUGAAUAGAUUUGAAUGGGCUGUCAACAUUCAACGUGACAGUUAUGCAUCAUAUGUUGGGCAUUACCCCAUGUUGGCAUACUUUGCCAUUGCAGAAAACGAAUCAAUUGGAAGAGAGCGAUAUAAUUUCAUGCAGAAAAUGUUGUUACCCUGCGGUCUUCCUCCAGAGAGGGAAGAAGAUUGAGGAUGCUGGAUGCCUAAUGAGGCUGGACUAAGAAGGUCCAGAAGUCAAGUAUCUUUGUUCGUCUUCAUUGGACCGGUUAUCAUCUUCAUGGAGAAACUUAGAAUAUCCCAAUUUCGAAUUGAAUUUUAGCUUUACCAUCAAGUUGUUUUCUACAUUUUGGAGAACUCAAUUUAGAAACUAGAGAUCAAUGUAUUGAAGGCUUUCACUUGAAAAUUAAGACAAUUUGUGUGCGGACUCAAAUUUUAUGUAUUUAUAAAAUUCAAGUGGAAAUUUAAUAAAAAAUUGGGGGUAUGUGUGAAA